ACGGACUACUCAUAUGUGAGGGAAGAACGCGCGAGGGCGAGUAGACGGUGAACCCACGGCAACGUGCAGCACAACACCCGCCGACCGCUAGCACGCAGGGCAAGGGUCCCCUAUGCAAGCCCAGCCAAAGAGCAGACCAUGGGUGCGAGCAUAGCGGCGAGCAAGAAAGAGGACGGGUGGAGGGUGAGUGCGGACGGGAGCGAACGGAUGGCGGGGAAGAACUGCCCGGCACGCACGCAUGGCCAACGAAUUCGGACCCCAUGCGCUGAGAAAAAGACCAGCGACGGCGACUUAGGAAGGCUGGGACGCAAGCAACACACACCGACCGCGCCUCGCAGCAACGGUGAACGAUCUCACGUUCGGGAUCGAGCCCGACGCGGGUGGUGGCAGUGCGAAGAACACACAAAAUGGGACGCAAUACACGAGAAAGCGCCCGACGAUGGUGCCCUUCGACCUGGCGAUGUUCUCGGACCCUGCUUUCAGCCUCGCAAUGAAACAAGUGGCGGCGAAUGGACUUCAUCCACUCGGGAAUGGCGAUGCGCUCUCACCGACGAAUGUCGUGUUGCUGAACGAGUAUGCCGGGAGGGACAGGCGGAGGAGGAGGAGCUCAACGAGUUCCAUGAUGUAGAGGAUAAGGAUGAUGAAGAUGGGCGCAUUGCGGCGACGAGGGCGCACAACGAGGCGCCAUUGACCAGCGCCGCACAAGGCUCUACGAGCACCGGGUAAGUACUUUCAUACAGAGGAAUCCAUGAAUAUGGCCACGAAGCCGACUCCCGGAGGGAGGCGGCUGAGUGGCCUUCAAGUUCUACGUUAGCGAGCUACUCGAGCAACAAUUCCGCAUUUCUGCGAACUCAUACUAU